AUGUAUCAUCUGGCCAAGUCGCUAUAUACGUACGCGACCAGCAAAGAGGAGUACUCCGUUCUGUUAUUAGGCCUCGACAACGCCGGAAAGACCACACUCCUGUCCCAGAUCAAAGCGCUCUACCAACCGCGACCGGAUGGCGCUCCGACCCCCAAUCCCAGCAAGACCGUCCCGACCGUCGGCCAGAAUGUCGCGACUAUUUCCCUACAUGACAUGAACCUGAAGAUUUGGGAUGUCGGCGGUCAGAUCUCGAUGCGCGGUCUCUGGCAGAGCUAUUACACCAGCUGCCAUGCCAUCAUCUUCGUGGUGGACAGCGCCGACGUGGGUCAAGAUCCGGAUAUCACACGGCUGCCCUCCGCACCCGGGCGCCGUCCGAGUUCAGUGUCCGGUCCUUCGCGAAGCGGCGACCUCUUCACGGAACAAAACGUUGGGAUCAACGCGGGUGGAAGCGACUUCGGGCGCCUGGACGAAUGCCGGCAGGUCUUGGAAUCGGUUCUGCAAAACGCCGACGUCGCGGGAGUGCCCAUCCUGGUGCUGGCCAACAAGCAGGAUCGGGAAGAUUGCGUCGAGGUGGUCCGCAUCAAGGAGGGCUUCGUCCGCAAAGUGUUCGAGGGUGAAACGGGAAGCGGCGUCCGAGACAGUCGCGUGCUGCCGGUCAGCGCGCUGAUGGGUUCGGGGGUGCAGGCGGCCGUCGAGUGGGUGCAGAGCCGCGUCAAGUGGAAUAAAGAGGGCCGACCUCCGGUGAUGCGGUGA